GUGAAAAUGCUUAAAGUCCAAAGUGCGAUAGCUGAUCUGUUUGAAGAACACAGAGAGGAACUUAGUUCUCAUCCUCAGUCCACUGAUGAUCAACAGCAGAACGUUCUGGAUGCUAUUCUGACGCCUGAAGAUCACAAUGCAGAUCUGCAUCAGCUGUCACAGACCACAGAAGAGAUUCCAUCACAGCAACAGCAAUGGAACCCAUACGUUGACCAAGAAGAACCACAGAGUUGGCAAAUUAAAGAGGAACAGGAGGAAUUCUGGACCAAUCAGGAGGGAGAACAGCUUCAACAGUUGGAGAAGGUGGAUGUCGCCAAGUUUCCACCUAUGUUUGCUGUAAAGAGUGAAAAUGAUGAAAUGCAUCCUCAAUCCUCAGACUUUCAUCAAGGCCGAACUGAAGGUAACAUAGAGUCUCUGAGCAACGGCUUAACUGAAAAAAUGGAAAUAGAAACUGAUGAAGAGGACUUUGCAGGAUCAGAAACAAAUAAAAAUUAUGAGCAAGAUAGUCAUGUACAGCCAUAUACCGAUGACACAUCUUCAGAACCUGAAUCUGAAGGCAGCAGCAGCACUCAGCAAAGCCCCACUGAGUCGUGUUUGCAUACUGUAAGAAAUAACUCCGUUAUUGUUAUGGAAAAUCAUACAGAUGAGAAACCAUUUACCUGCUUUAAGUGUGGUAAAAAAUGUAAGCGUAAGAGUGAUCUUAAGAAACACAUGAUGAUUCAUAUGGAUGAAAAACCAUUUAGCUGUCCUGAGUGUGGUCAAAAAUGGCGAUGUAGCAGCAAUCUCAAAAGACACAUGAUGACUCAUACAGGAGAAAAACCAUUUAGCUGCUCCCAGUGUGGUCAAAAAUGUCAGUCUAAUAGUGAUCUUAAGAAACAUGUGAUAGUUCAUACUGGAGAGAAACCAUUUAGCUGUUCUUUUUGUGGAAAAAAAUGUCGGUGCAAGAGCAAUCUCAAAAGACACAUGAUGAUUCAUACGGGCGAAAAUCCAUUUAGUUGUACUGAGUGUGGUAAAAAAUGUAGGUUUAAGAGCAGUCUGAAAAGACACAUGAUGAUUCAUACAGGCGAAAAACCAUUUGCCUGCUCAGAUUGUGGCAAAAAAUGUCAGUCCAAGAAUGACCUUAGGAAACAUGUGAUGAUCCAUACAGGAGAGAAACCGUUUAGCUGUUCUUUUUGUGGUAAAACAUGUCAGUGCAAGAGCAACCUCAAAAGACAUAUGAUGAUUCAUACAGGCGAGAAACCAUUUAUCUGCUCAGUGUGCAGUCAGAGAUGUCUGUCUAAGAGUGAUCUUAAUAAACACAUGAUGAUUCACACAGGAGAGAAACCAUUUAGCUGUUCAGAGUGCGGUAAAAAAUGUCGGCGUAGCAGCAAUCUCAAAAGACACAUGAUGACUCAUACAGGUGAAAAAACAUUUGUCUACUCAGAGUGUGAUUAACAAAAUAGGUGUAGAAGUGAUCUUAAACAGGAGUU